AGCCAACCGUUCCACUUUGAUCAAUUUAAUAAGUCCAUCGUGUAGAAUCAAUCACUCAACUUGAUUGACAAAUUACAAGUGUUGACGGUUAUGAGAAGUAGUUGAGGUUGAUCUUGACCGUUUUGGAGCGAUCGAUCAUAGUCAUAUAGAAACACCAACAUAUUUCUCUUAAAUUUCUAUUUAAUUUCGUCGUUUCCAAAUCCCUGAACUCACAAUCUGAUCGAUUAUGGCGACUCUCACAGUUCCUCCGACACCGGUUUCUCCCCACGACGAUGCCAUUCAUUUAUAUAAAGCUUUCAAAGGAUUUGGAUGCGAUACUGCGGCGGUGAUUAACAUUCUUGCGCAUCGAGAUGCAACGCAAAGGGCGCAUAUCCAGCAUGAAUUCCAGAGGAUGUAUUCCGAAGACAUUCUUAAACGUUUGUCUUCUGAACUUAGUGGCAAAUUAGAGACUGCAGUUUUGCUUUGGAUGCAUGAUCCAGCAGGAAGAGAUGCGAUUAUAUUAAAGCAGGCAUUGACCAAAGAUUUCAUAAAUCUUGAAGCUGUAACUGAUGUCAUAUGCUCACGAACUCCUUCCCAGAUACAAACUGUCAAGCAAAUUUAUCACUCAACUUUCGGGACGUAUCUUGAAAAAGACAUUGAAAUUCAAGCUUCCGGGGACCACGAAAAGAUAUUGCUUGCUUUAAUAAGCAAACCACGAUAUCAAGGAAUGGAAGUUGAUAGGGACAUGGCUGCAAAAGAUGCAAAGGAGUUGUACAAGGCUGGCGAAAAGAAAUUAGGAACCGAUGAAAAGGUGUUCGUGCAUAUUUUCAGUGAAAGAAGUAAAGCACAUUUGAUUGCUAUAAACUCAUUUUACCAUGACAUGUAUGGAGGGUCUCUCAAAAAGGCCAUAAAAAGUGAAACUUCGGGGUUAUUUGAACGCGCACUUUUGACAAUCUUACAAUGUGCUGAAAAUCCCGCAAAGUAUUUUGCAAAGGUGUUGAAUAAGUCGAUGAAAGGCUUAGGGACUGAUGACACGACCCUUAUAAGGGUGAUAGUGACAAGAACCGAGAUCGAUAUGCAAUAUAUAAAGGCAGAGUACCAUAAAAAGUACAAGAAAACUUUGAAUGAUGCAGUCAAAUCCGAAACAUCGGGCAAUUACCAGACAUUCCUUCUCUCUCUUCUUGGCCCAAAUCACUAGGCCAAGGUGCUUAUCAUGACUUCUUGUGUUUGUGCAUGCUAUGUAUAAAAUCUAAAGUUGCAAUAUGUGCUUGUUUUGAUCCUUAUACACCUA